AUGGACGAAAUCUACGUCAAUGUUAAACACGACAAGUCUGCCAAACCAAGAGCUUCAGCAAAUCAGACAGGUCCCAGGAGCUCAGGGAGGAGGUUUCAUGGAGCUGUUGUUCUCUUUCUGGGGCUGCUCAAUGUCUUCCUGCUGGCUGGACUCAUCGGCCUCGGUGUCCACUACUAUGACUCAGUGCAGCAUUCAGCCGCAGAGCUCUCCGCUAUGAGAGCCGACCUGACUGAGCGUCUCCAGGCCAGCGACGGCGAGUUUUCAUCCCUGACUGAAGAGAGAGACCUGCUGAACGCCAGCCUCGUUAAAAUCACUCAGGAGCUGAACAGACUGAGUCCGUGUCCUGCAGGAUGGACGAAGUUCAGGUGUGCCUGUUACCUCCUCUCUAAUGAGUCUGGAUCCUGGGAGACGGGCAGAGAGGACUGCAGCGCCAGAGGAGCAGAUCUGGUGGUCGUAGACAGUACUGAAGAGCAGAGGUUCCUCUCUAACUUCACUGCGGAGGGAACUCUGGCUUGGAUUGGGCUGACUGACAGAGUCAAAGAGGGGACCUGGACAUGGAUUGAUGGAGCUCCACUGACUCUAAAGUAA